GUGGUCGCGCUAGCCUGUGCUGUGCGUUAGCUUGGCUGGCUGCUCGGGACGGUCCUCCGCUGACACACUUCCACACAUCACCCACGGCCUCGGUCCGCUCCCGUUCCCGUCUUCCGCUCCCUUGUUUUGUUUUUGUUUUUUCCCCGCCGCUACAACAGGCUAACGGACCGCCCGCCCACACCCGGGACCGGAUUCGGGCUCUCCUCCGCCGCCGCCCCUGCUCGGUUCCGCUAGCUCCGGGAGCAGCCGGGAAUUCAAGCCUUACAUGACGACUUGUUCUCGGGGAGAACUGCUGCUGCUGCUGCCCGGGAGGUUCUGAAGCAGUUCGGAGGACGACUAGCUAACUCGCUAACUAACUAACUAGCUAACUAACUAACGAACCAGCCAAGCAGGUCAGCGGCAGCAUCCCCCGCUCCAGCAGCAGCAGACAUGGCCGGAGGACGCGGCGCCGUCGGGCUGCUCGUCCUGCUCGGGUCGCUUCGCUUCCAGCGCUGCGGCUCCUUCAACCUGGACGUGGACAAACCGUCCGUGUUCGCCGGACCCGAGGGAAGCUACUUCGGCUUCUCCGUGGACUUCUUCAAGCCCCAGGACAACCAGAAGUCGGACGUUCUGAUCGGAGCUCCUCGGGCCAACACGUCGUCCUCCGGCGUGGUGGAGCGAGGAGCGGUGUACAGCUGCCCCUGGAGGAGCUCCCCCGCCUGCCAGAUGCUGCAGUUUGACGACACAGAAGACAGAAGGAAUCCAGAAGGGGUGAAGAUGGAGUUUAAGUCCAAGCAGUGGUUCGGGGCCUCGGUGCGAUCUGACGGAGAACACAUCCUGGCCUGCGCUCCGCUGUACCAGUGGUCGACCUUCGGCGUCUCCGAGCGCGAACCGGUGGGAACGUGUUACCUCAAGAAAGGAGACAGAGUAGUCGAGUACUCGCCCUGCAGAUCGACUGCCAGCUCACCAGAAGGACAGGGCUUCUGCCAGGCCGGCUUCAGCGCCGACUUCCUGAAGAAGAACAACCGGGUGGUGGUGGGAGGACCUGGCAGCUUCUACUGGCAGGGCCAGCUGAUUUCCGAUGACGUCGCUGAGAUUUUCGCCCGCUUCGAUAAGAAGUACAUCACGCCGUACGGAAACACGCUGGCCACCAAGUCAGCCGGCGCCCAGUAUGACGACAGUUACCUCGGAUACUCUGUGGCCGUCGGAGACUUCAACGACGACGGAAAAGAAGAUUACGUGACCGGAGUACCGAGGGGGGACAAGGCUCUCGGCUAUGUGAACAUCUUCAACGGCCUCAACAUGGAGUCCAUGCUCAACUAUACGGGCACCCAGAUGGCUGCCUACUUUGGACAUUCAGUUGCCGCCUCCGACGUCAACAACGACGGUUUGGUGGACCUGCUGGUCGGAGCUCCUCUCUUCAUGGACAGAGGCUCGGAUGGAAAGCUGAGGGAGGUGGGACAGGUGUCUGUUUAUCUGGGUCGAAGUGGGUUUUCCUUCCACCCGCCUCAGAUGCUGACCGGGUCGGAGGUUUACGCCAGAUACGGCUCCGCCAUCGCCGCUCUGGGAGACCUGGACAUGGACGGGUACAACGGUAAACGAUGUUCGCUUUUUCUGUCUUUGUGAGGACCCCCGUUGUGUAGCAUCUGAAGCAGCAUCGGCGAGAGCCUUCAGUGGUGUAAAUUUCAGCAUCUGCAGAGUCAACAAAGGUCGCGUGCAGCCCAAAAUCUGCAUCCUCACAUUGCAGUAGCGAGCAUGUGCAGAACAAACCGUCUGUGUGUGCAACAGUACAUGCAUAGACGCAAAAUAAAGGCUUGUGUUAGAUUGUCUGCAUUCACAAGUACUGACGGGUGCAUUUUUCCCCCCAUUCCCAUGUCUGCAAGAGUUGGCACAUCGCCCACAAUUUGAGUCCGUCACAAGCCGAAUACAUGCAGUAGACAUGGAUGUGCUGUGCAUGUGUGAAACUGGCCGCUAGCUUCACACAACUUUCUCCUUCCACUGGCUGCAUGCAUCACUUUUCAUGAUGGGAAAUGGAAACAACAACAGCCUCUGAACAGCAACCUGACAAUUUAAAGAGUUUGCAGCGUCCUAGUGGAUUAUCAAAUCCCAUGUAAAUGUUCCACCAGUCACUACUCUGAGGG